GGCGGGGGCACCAUCCCGGCCGCGCCGCUCCCCGCCCGUCCGCGCUGCCCGGGGGCGGUGUCGCGGUGUCGCCGCCGCUCCCCGCGCCCGUGGCUGUCCCCGGCGCUGUCCCCGAGCCCGCGGCGUGCAUGGCCGUGCGCGGGCGGCGAUGGCAGCGCGCUGAUGGCCCAGCUCGCCAUGGCUGCCAGAGAGGAGCUCUACAGCAAAGUCAUCCCGCGGCGGCACCGCCAGCACCGCGCCGGCACCGUCAAGCACGGCUCGUCGCUGGAGAUCCUGCUCUCCAUGGGCUUCCCCAAGGCUCGGGCGCAGAAAGCGCUGGCAUCGACAGGUGGAAGGAGUGUUCAAGCAGCAUGCGACUGGCUCUUCUCCCACGUGGGUGACCCGUUCCUGGAUGACAGCCUGCCCCGCGAGUACGUCCUGUACCUGCGCCCCACCGGGCCCCUGGCGCAGAAGCUCUCCGAGUUCUGGCAGCAGUCCAAGCAGAUCUGUGGCAAGAACAAAGCUCACAACAUCUUCCCACACAUCACCCUCUGCCAGUUCUUCAUGUGUGAGGACAGCAAGGUGGACGCUCUCACGGAAGCCCUGCAGGCCACGGUGAUGCGCUGGAAGUGCAAAUUCCCUGCCCCGCUGCCCCUGGAGCUCUACACGUCCUCCAACUUCAUCGGGCUCUUCGUCAAGGAGGAAAGUGCUGAGGUGCUCAAGAAGUUUGCUGCAGAUUUCGCUGCAGAGGCGGCGUCCAAAGCAGAUGUCCACGUGGAGCCCCACAAGAAGCAGCUCCACGUCACCCUGGCCUAUCACUUCCAGAGCAGCCACCUGCCCACGCUGGAGAAGCUGGCCCAGAGCAUCGACGUCAAGCUGGGCUGUGACUGGGUGGCCGCGAUCUUCUCCCGGGACAUUCGCUUCGUCAACCACGAGACUCUGCAGGUGAUUUACCCCUACACCCCCCAGAACGACGACGAGCUGGAGCUGGUGCCGGGGGAUUUCAUUUUCAUGUCUCCGGUGGAGCAGAGCAGCACGAGCGAGGGCUGGAUCUACGGCGUGUCCCUGGCCACCGGCUGCUCGGGGCUGCUCCCCGAGAACUACAUCACCAAGGCAGACGAGUGUGGCACCUGGGUGUUCCACGGGUCCUACUCCAUUCUGAACACCACCUUUUCCCCGUCCCUUCAAGCCUUUGCUGAUGGAGCUCUGGAGAGAAGGCAGCAGGAAGACCAAGGGCCAGGGGACGCUGGGCCACUCACCAUCAUCUGCCAGAACGUGCAGCCGCUGAGGAUCAGCAGCCAGCCGGGCCCCCAGAAGCGCUGCCUGUUCGUGUGCAGGCACGGCGAGAGGAUGGACGUGGUUUUUGGCAAGUACUGGCUGUCCCAGUGCUUCGAUGCCAAAGGCAGGUACGUGCGCAGUAACCUGAAUAUGCCUCACAAUUUACCUCAGAGGAGUGGUGGUUUCAGGGAUUACGAGAAGGACGCUCCCAUCACCGUGCUGGGCUGCACCCAGGCCAGGCUCGUGGGUGAAGCCUUGCUGGAAACAAACACCGCUGUAGACCACAUCUACAGCUCCCCGUCGCUGCGGUGUGUGCAGACAGCUCACAAUAUCCUCAAAGGCAUGCAGCAGGAGAACAAGCUGAGGAUCCGAGUGGAGCCCGGCUUGUUCGAGUGGACCAAGUGGGUGUCCGGGAGCUCCCUGCCCGCCUGGAUCCCGCCCGUGGACCUGGCUGCGGCCACUCUCAGCGUCGAUACAACCUACAGACCUCAUAUUCCUGUCAGCAAGUUGGUGGUUUCUGAAUCCUACGAUACCUACAUAAGCAGAAGCUACCAAGUGACAAAGGAAAUCAUCAGUGAAUGUAAAGGCAAAGGAAAUAACAUCCUGAUCGUGGCCCACGCAUCCUCCCUGGAGGCCUGCACCUGCCAGCUCCAGGGGCUGUCCCCCCAGAACUCCAAGGAUUUUGUACAGAUGGUCCGAAAGAUUCCCUACCUGGGGUUUUGCUCCUGCGAAGAGCUGGGGGACACUGGAGUUUGGCAGCUCACAGACCCUCCCAUCCUCCCUCUCACACACGGACCCACCGGAGGCUUUAACUGGAGAGAAACCCUCCUGCAGGAGUAGGGCACAG